CGCUUAGAACACAAACAACUCAUUGUUCAGGGUUCUAUACACUGUCACGGUGGUUUUGCAUGAUCGCAAAACCUAUAUAACACAUUAUAGUCCUACAUAUUCGAUUUGUCGGUCACCCUAAUCAACAAACGUUUAUUGGUUGUGUUCGUCGGAUCAACACAAGACUAGGACAUGCCAUCUGUCAUCACUUUGUAACGGACUUGCAUUUGAACUAUGGCUAACAAGAGGAGACGCUCUGCAUUCGAGGACACCGAUAAUGGCACAGAUCAUGAAACGGACCCGUCUCGUGUUGUUGUCUUACCCAUUGUCUCGUCAACAUCUAAAGACAAAGGCACGGUGGCGACCUCCAGACAAACGGAUGAAGUUCCAGGCGACCAGACUACUAGAUCGAGUCCACCUCAGAAAAAAUUGAAGUACAAACCUGCACCUGGCCGUAGUUCAAGUGCUGUGCCGAGUACCCUCAUGAAACAGACGGCGGUUAGUGAUCGUAAUACUCGGUCUUCAUCUGUUUCGGUGUCCGAGACAUCUCUUCGGUCUACUACGUCGCAGCGAAUGUCAGUACGACUGGCAAAGAAGAUUCACCCUUUCAUCCUUUCAAAAAGUCGAGACAUAUAUCCAUACUUAGCUGCGAAGGAUUCCCUGGACUCGGCUGAGCCAGCGCGAGAGGAGCUCGGGGGCACCCGGGGCUCCACACCUUCAGCCCCUGCUCACAAGAAGAAGGGCAGAGCUCCGCGUACCAUUAGUCUUGCAGAUGAUGAGGCGAAGGCCGCACUCAUGGAACAGUGGGCAAAUCUUCGCAUGUCUCAAGGAACACUACUGUCAAGGACAACUCCAGGUAGGGAUACCACACCGCACUCAUCGAGCAACCGUGGAAGCCAGGAACCUGGUCGCAACGAAACAGAGAUCCCAUCUGGUGAAGUGGCUGAACUCGACACACUUGGUUUCGCACCAGCCAUUGAUCAAAUAGAACCUUUCCCGCCUCUCCCAGCGGCUGAGCCACUCCCAGAAAUGGUUGUUACAAAUGAGUCUGUAUUCACUCCCGCGCAGGCUGAGGAAUUAGCCACAGAGAACAUUUCGUCAGAACGUUUACCAGGUUCAGAAUAUGACUUAAUGUAUCCAAGCUCAUCUCCGGAGAAUAUCCAGGCAACAAUUGAGAAUAUGGCUCCCUCGCAGAAUGCCAAUGAGGGGACAGUGGAGACAAUAGUCCAGGCAGCGACUGAGGAUAUGGCCACCUCGCAGAAUCCUAAUGAGAAGACAAUGGAGAAAAUAGUGCAAGCUUCACAACAUCUCACUAUCAACGAUUCUCUGGAGGUCGUGAACCCGCCCCUCCAGCUACUUGCCACCGACCAUGAAAAAAAGUCCUCGCAUCCCCCCGGUAGUCCUACAAUGUCAAAACUUGAUAUCCUCCCCGAUACCACGAUUUCGGCGGGCCCUGCUGCCCUUAUCGAAGAUUCUUCGACUAGAGUUUCUCCUUCUGCCGUUGAUAUUCAGCUCGUUGUUUCCGCGGAAACCGAUGUUGACGAUGUCAUCCUUGGUUUUCACAUGCUGGAUUUGCAUGAGGUUCUUUCGCCAUGGGUGCCAGUGUCUCCCACAGCGCCAUCUAUCUAUGUCCCACCUGCUGUGCAGCACUUAAUCGCCGCCAUGAAUCAUCAACUAGAUAUUGAAUCUCAGGCUCGAAGACGAGCUGAAGAGCUUUAUUCAGAGGAAAUGCACAAGCGCAUCAAGAUAGAAGAGGUGCUCGAUAAGUUACAGAAGGAAUGUGGAGAAAGACGGGAACAUGGCGCAAUCCAGCCGCCUCCCUCAUUGCAUGCCGCACCGCCUGAGGCUUCGGCACGUGCAAGCCCAGAAUUACAUGGGCAGCGGGAUGAUGAAGCUGGAUUAACAUCCACUGAUAUCACACAUCCGAAUGUGACGAUGGAGGGCUGUUCUGCUUGAGGCUUCGAGCUAUUUCGUCACUCACUUGCUUUCGAUCUGAUCUUACUGCUGUAUUUCUUCCUUCUCACAGGCUAUACAAAUUCAACGAGCAAACCGCACCGUUUCUUCAUACGGAUCUAACGCAGUUUUCAUUAGUACCGCAUC